AUGCGCCGACUGUUAGCCAUUGGCGACCUUCACCUCAGCCAUAAAUAUAACAAGGAGGCGUUCUAUGCGCUUGAACCUCACGAAGAGGAUGGUCUCAUCAUCUGUGGAGAUGUCGGCGAGAAAGCGGAACACUUGCGGACGGCCUUUGAGCUGACCACCCAACUGUUUAAGACGGUCAUUUGGGUCCCUGGCAAUCACGAACUAUACACCUUGCCUAAUGAUGAAUCGGGUCUUCGAGGAGAAAUGAAAUAUCAGGAAUGUGUCUCGAUCGCCAACGAAUAUGGCGUUAUCACUCCUCAGGACGAGUUCAUUCGCUACGAUGGCGAAGGUGGUCCGUGUCUCAUCUGUCCCAUAUUCACGCUAUACGACUACAGCUUUCGUCCGGAUCAUGUCACCCGCGAAAACGCAUUGAGUUGGGCGGAAGAACAGAACGUCAUGGCAACAGAUGAGGCGCUCCUGCACCCCGACCCCUACGAAACGCGAGAUAAAUGGUGUGAGGAGCUUAUUGCGAGCACCAUACCGCGUCUGGAAGCUGCCGCAGCCCAGGGUAUCCCAUUGGUCAUCAUCAACCACUGGCCACUUCGACAAGACCUCAUUACGAUCCCGGCUGUACCUCGAUUCACUCUCUGGUGCGGAACUAAGGCCACACAUGAUUGGCACAAACGAUUCAACGCCAAGGUUGUUGUCACCGGUCAUCUACACGUUCGAAGAACCGACCAUAUUGAUGGAGUUCGAUUUGAGGAGGUUUCAUUAGGCUAUCCAAAUCAAUGGCAAGAUGCUCGAAAUGCUGGCAGAGAGAUUAACACCAUGCUUCGCGAGAUCCUGCCUGGUCCAGAGUACAAAGGAGAUGAAGCGACAAUUUGGCGACAAAUUGGAUAG